UUAAACCACGAGUAAACCAUCUUCCCUACAAAGCUUAAGCUUUUCUCUCUCAAAUAGCUUCAACCUUCUAAUCUGAUUUUCAUUUUCACAUAGUUUUAAACAUUGUUCUUUAAAACCUUCUGCUUUUUCUUCUUUAAUGGGUUCCAAGAUCUUGCUCAUGUUCAUGCCUUUGGCCUUAGCAAUGGUGGCUAAGUGUUCCACCACCGCAACCACGUUCAACAAGACCCUUGCCCAUUUUGGAACCGGUGACGGAGCCUUGUGGACCGUCAACAUUGAAGAUAUCGAGACUGAGACGACGACGAUGAUGAUGAUGGAUUCCGAGACCAACCGCCGGUUGCUAGCGACAAGAAGGUACAUUAGCUAUGAAGCACUAAAAAAAAACAACGUCCCAUGCCUCCAACAGGGUCGGUCCUACUACGAGUGCAGUACAGGGAAACCGGUUAACCCUUACACACGUGGUUGUACUUACGCUACGCGUUGCAGAAGGUAUACAGCUUGAGGAUAUGAAACCCAUAUUGUUGCUUUGUCUUUACAAAACCCUAAUAUAUAUAUAUAUAUAUAUAUAUAUAUAUAUGUCUAUGAAAAGUUGACCAUUACACCAGUAACAACGUUUUGUAAUUAUCCUAGUGAAAGUUUUAAAAGUUGGGUUAGUGAAAUGUAAUUUUAAUUAAAGUUAAGGAAUAA